AUGGCAGCCGCAGCGGCGGGUGAGAACAGCAAGUUAACUGGAGUGAGAAAGAAGGGGGCGGGCAAGUUCGCGGCAACGAUCAAGCACCCGGUGACGAAGACACAGUUGUGGCUGGGGACGUACUCUUCCCCCGAGGUCACCGCGUGCGCCUACGACCUCGCGGCUAGGGAGUUGAAGGGCAUAAAGGCAAAGCUCAACUUCCCCUACCCUCCGCCGGCCAGACUGGUUAAGGAGGUGAUCGCUUCACCGAGGCACCGCUGCCAUGGUCACGACACACCGCUCUUUGAAGUCGACACGUUGCCAUUGGAUCCCACAGCACCGCCUCCACUGCCGCCCAAGCUGGAAGUUUACUUUCCAUUCCCCUUUGAAGCACCCGCCAGCGACACCCCACCGGUGCCAGCAUAUCCUUUCCUGCACAUGCCGCUUCCGGCACGAGCACUUCUCAGCCUACAGCCGACGCGCGUGCACGCACCUGCUCCACAGCCACAGCAGCCGAUCCGACGGAUGGAGAUCAUGGCGCAUGCAGAAAGCUGCUUAAGCUCCUCAAGUAAACCCCUAGAGGCUCCAUCUCGCCACCUAGUGUUCAAGAAACCCAAGUUGUCCGUCGUUCUCGUCGCUCCUAGUGCUCCAACAGAAGGGACUGAUGAUAAUUUCACCAAGCCGUGGUAUUUCCCCGAUUCUCCUACUGUUUAG